ACGCAUCAUCAGAAUCACCACGCCCAAAACAACUUUUAAAUUUUCAAUUUUUCAAUUUUUACAGUGAUUCACGAUGCCUCCUUCUCGAAACAACGAGCAGAAAGCCCAGGAUCGACAGCAACGUCGUCCUGGUCCUCUGGGUCCACCUCCCGAGCGCCGUGAGGCCAGGGAAGAGCCGACUCGGCGAGACAUGGAAGAGUUGACGCUUGAAGAGCGCAUCUCUACCAAUCCAAGGGGACGCUCUUCAACCCCGCGAGGAGGACGUUCUGGCCGCGGCCGGGGCGGUUUCUUUGGCGCGCGUGGUAGUAGAGGCGGACCCCAUUCAUACAGGUCCAGUGGUGCGAUGAGCUGGAGUCAGUCUCAAGCAGACGAUGCUCCUGGGCUCAAGAGAGCUACGACGGCCUGGAUGACUCGCGUGGCAGCCGAGGAUGGUGUCAUCGCUACCAAACUCACACCCACGGGUCUUGGUGGCGGUUACUCAGCCAACUGGUAUGCCAGUACCCCCGAAGGUUAUUGGUGCCAAUCAUCAACCGGAGCGGGGCUUGACAAGAUGGCCAAACGGCUGAUGGACGAAGAGCCGGAUGCCGUCGCCGUCAAUGUCAUCAUGACACCCGUCAUUCCGAAGGUGUUUGACUCUAUCGAAAUCAGGCAGACUCAAAAGCUUGAGAUGAGCAACAACUUCUGCGGAAAAGACGGCAAGCCAGCUGGCCUCUUCGGCAGAGAGAUCCAGGCUCCCAGUGAGAAGAAGCCUGUGGUCCAAGGAGAGUGCGAGCUGUGCAGCAGCAAAAAGCACACUCUGGCUGACUGUAUCGUGAAGGGCUACAAGGGUAGCGUAGGUGGUUGCACUAUCUGCAACAGCCGUGCUCACCUGAUCGAUUCAUGUGAGCAGUUCCAGUCAAUGAGCUUGACAGAGCAGGUCAAGAUCGUCGUUUCUCAGCGAGCGAACAGGCCUGCCCUCAGAUCUUCAAAGGCCUGGCACACGUACUUGCACGAGUUCUGCAUGAGCAACGAAUUCGACGCGAGAGUCGUCACUGGGUUCCCCUGGUCCAAGGGCUUCUGCGAAGUCAAGGGGUUCAAUGGCCUGAAGAAGAUCCAGGCAGCAUACGAGGCCGAUCCCGAGAACUACGUAUUUGAAGUCGAUGACAAGACGAGGAAUUGGGACAUGGUCUACGUGACUUGCUGGCAGCCAGCUAAUAUGGUUCGGCCCAAGGUCCUCGGCGGUGACAUCAAGUCUGAGGGUGAUGAGGGCGUUGUCAAGUCUGAGCCUGACGUAUAGAUGGAGAAAAGCUAUAUGUUCUGUCGAGGCCAUGAGCCUUUCACUCUGACAAAUUUGGAUGUUUGAUUCACUGGCGGGGUUUACAAUGGUGGGGAAGACGGAGAAUUCAGUGAUGUAUGAGACCAAAAGGAAGUUAGUGGUAUUCGAAUCAGCCGAUUGCACAGGCAGAACCCUUCUUUGGCAUUUGCCGUGUUG